AGGGAGUGCCUGUGCUCUGCUCCCCAGCCCGCUUCCCUGUCACUGUCCUCAAUAAAUUAUGGUUUCUGUUCCCGGCACUCGUCCUCUGGUAGAGAGGGCUCAGCACGCACCGGGAGAUGCCUUAUCUCUGGCACUCUCCCAUAGAGGGGGGGAGAAGAGCAGAAGGGAGAAAGAAAUUUUGCCCCUGCUGUUGUGAGAUUACUUUCAGCCUAUUGAUCCUGAUUUUCCCUCAUCUUAACUUUCCUUUAUUCUCCUAACCACUUGUUAGUGUUUUGCUGUUUACCUUGCGCAGCCUGGGGUAGGUGCUUGCGUCUUGUGCUCAUGUGGAAUCUAUUUGAGACCCUUUGCGGGGCCUCAUUCCAAACUAUGUGCCCUUCAACCUAAACUCCAGAGCAGCAGUCUUGAUUUUUUAAGAGACCCAUUUAGAGUCCUGUAACACAUGGGAGAGUUUGGCAGCAUUGUUAGCUGAGUGAAAAAAGCUGGGGCUGUAUUGCUGAAUUAAAUACAGAAAGGAUUUGCAUGCACUUUGUCUUUUCUUCACCUUGCGCUGACAAGGAAAGCUAAGUUCGAGGAGUGAAAACGUGAAAUAAAUGCUUUUUGGUGGCAAAGGCAAGGAGCUUGAAACCGGUUUCUGGAGAAUAAGGAUUUGCCAUCUCUGAUGUAUGACGAUCCACUUUCCAGAGCCUGAAUCAAUACCCAGCAGGGCAAAACUUGUCAGUGGAGUUCAUCCCCCUGAGCACCAGCAGAUGGGGUGCAGCGCUGAUGGCUUUGUCCACCUUGGAGCUGCAGGCAGUCACCGAGGAAAGGGAACUUCCUCUUUAACGCUACGUAUUACCAAGCUAAGUAAGGAGAAUUUCUGACUGGGCGGAGUUUUCCUCUGAGCAGCCUAGAUAAAGGCUUGCAGGACUUAGAGAGUCUCAGACAGCAAUCAGCAAUCAGCAUGAACUGCAGCGUGCCGGACGGAGUGCUGCACUGCUACGCAAUGGACAGACAACAGGACAGGCUGUGCCUUCAGUUUCUUUGGGACUUUGUCACAGCAAAACAGCCACUGAUCAAUUCACCGUUUUUUCCAGUGCUGUUUUCUUUUACAGCAUACAUGGCUUUCUGUCUUCCCUAUAUUGCACUGGACUUUCUCAGCACUAGACUGCCAAACUUGAGAAAAUACAAAAUCCAGCCACAGAACUAUCCAACUCUUGGAAUGAUGGUGCCUUGCAUUAUUCAGAGUGCGUAUCACCAUGUGGUUUGGAUUUUUCCAGUGACAUUUCUCCACUGGUACUGGAAACCAGUGAAUCUACCGUUGAUAGCUCCAGAGCUGCCUGAGGUCCUGCUGCAAGUAGUAAUUUGCCUACUGCUGUUUGAUUUUGAGUAUUUCCUGUGGCAUUUGCUUCAUCACAGAGUGCCAUGGCUCUACAAGACCUUCCACAAGGUGCAUCACAAGCACAUAUCAACAUUUGCUCUUACUACACAGUAUUCCAGUGUAUGGGAACUGCUGUCACUGGGAUUCUUUGCUGCCAUCAAUCCGUUGCUCCUUGGAUGUCAUCCUUUGACAGAAAUGAUUUUCUUCCUUGUAAACAUCUGGCUGUCAGUGGAGGACCAUUCAGGAUAUGACCUCCCGUGGUCAACUCACCGACUUGUGCCAUUUGGCUGGUAUGGAGGAGCACCGCAUCACGAUCUCCAUCAUCUGAAAUUCAAGUCAAACUAUGCUCCUUACUUCACCCACUGGGACAGACUCUUUGGGACAUUCACAGAGUCACAUUCUAGUUAAGAAUAUUUGCUUGUGGAUGAACUCUUUUUUUUUUUUUAAGAUAAACUAAACUGGGACAUUAAUUUUUCAAAGACAUAGAGAAGAUUGUAUAUUUGAAGCUACUUAUAAAGUCCAUAGCUAUUUAUAACAAAUCCUUUUAAUAUAUAUGUAUUUGUAUUCAUACUUGGAACUUCCUAUGUUAUAUGACUGUAAAGCCAUAGUAAAUAUAUUACUUAAAUUUGUUUGAGUCAUAGGUGUAAGGGAAGCAUUAAGAGAGAUAUGUUCUCUCUUCUUUCCUUCUUUUCAGCUUUCAUAAAGCAUGUAUUGUAUUAUGUAUGAUGUUUUAUACAUACACCAGAAAAAAUUAUCUUACUGCUGUAAGAUGUAAACAGAGAAGGUACACAGCAUGGAUUUUGUGGAGUUUAACCUGCCAGAGCAUAUUAUUGUACACUGAUAUUGUAAAAAAAAUGCUGCCAAACAAAGCUAGUUUGCUGACUGUGCGAUAAUUUUUAUAUUUAUAUUAUAAAUCCUGAUGUGCUGUCUGUUUUGAACAGGAAAUAAAUAUGCUCAUUCUUUUAAAAUUAUGUUUCAUUUCAUGUUAUUCAUUCCUCUGUUCAUAUUAUGAACAUGUAUGAUCUCUUUUGCAGAGGUGUAGUUUAUUUCAGUUUCAGACGCCAGGUUUUCUUAUUAAAAUGUUGUCAUAUUGUUUCAAAAGUGAGUCACUUUUUUUUUUUCCCCUCCAGAAUCAUGUUAUUUUUAAAUAGUUUUUGAUUUGGUAGAAACUGGAUAAUGCAGUUUUAAAAGUCAGGGUGAAAUUUUGUUAUCACGUCUUUAAGAAGUUUGAAUUAUUUUCACUGAAGUUGCAGUGUGAGAGCAGAACAUUAAGCAGCCCUUAAAUGAACAGGAGCAGUUUCUGUAUUGGUCCUUCACAACCACGUCA